UUGCGGGCGCAAAUAGCUGUCAUGGAUUACCGCGUUACCGGCAUCGUUCUUUUCUUAAUUAGCUGCCUUAUUUUGCCAGUGUUUAGCAAAUCGGCAGAAAAACUAGACACAUCGAAAGAGAAGCAGAAGACCUCUUCCAGCAUGGAAGAAGACGAUAUUGGAGAGGCAGUGAAGAAAAACAGUGAUGAAGACUUUUUGAAAUCUAAAGAGCGACUCAACACUGAAUUCUUGACCUUCAGUGCACCCGAGGAAGAUGAAAGCGAGGACGAAGAAAAAAUUGAAAGCUUGCUUGAGUUAUUAAGUCCAAGGCGGAUAUUUUUACUAGAGGCCCCUCCGAAUACUACGAUAAUUGGGAUCGAUAACAAAGCAGAGGAAAGGGAUGCGAUCGCGAAAAUUUUUUCUGAUGGAAAUACUGACGAUAAUAAUGAUAGUGAAACUAGAAAUAAAUAGAAAUAAGGAAAAA